CGACAAGACGCUGCACGCUGGUAUUUACGACACAGUUUGACGUGGACCGUCACCACAGCAAUGGCGGAUGCUGUAGGGGAAGUGCUUCAAGGCAGCUGGAAUCAUGAUCUGGCUGAUGCUCUUGACUCGGCAGAAUGUGAUCUGGACACUGACCAGGAUUGUGUUAUCCAGGUCCGAAACCUACCCCCACAACAGCGGGCCAAGUUAUGGAUGAUUGCUUUGAACGUGUCUGGUAAAGGAGAUAGUCUGUCCUCAUGGGAUGGGGCUUUGGACCUAGCAGAACAGACGCUCAUUCACAACCGCAGUCAGCAGAUCAUUGAUGAGCUAGGGAUACCAGUGGAGGAAGGGCGGGACCUUGUAUUAGAUGUGGAGUCAGUGAUCACCUUUUACUGCAAGUCCAGAAAUGUCACCUUCACUCCAGAUCUUAGUUGGCCACACAUCCUCAAACCACUCCUGGGCUUACAGCUAUCCUGCAAAGACCUCUACAACUGCUUCUACGCCAUCAUGAAUAAAUACAUCCCACGAGACUGUGUUGUGAAGGGAAGACCAUUUCACCUCUUCAGACUCCUGCUGCAGUACCAUGAGCCUGAACUCUGCUCAUUCCUGGACACAAAAAAGAUCACUCCUGAUUCCUACGCCAUCAACUGGAUGGUCAGUCUUUUCUCUAGCAACUGUCUCCCUGAGGUGUCACAGGCCUUGUGGGAUAUUUAUCUCCAACAAGCCGACCCUUUUCUCAUUUUCUUCCUCAUGCUCAUCAUCCUUGUCAAUGCCAAAGACGGCAUCCUUACCCAAGAAGUAGACAGCAAAGAGGACAUCAUCAAAAUGCUGGAGCAGUCACCAGCAUUACUAGAGGCAGAGGACAUUGAAGACUUGUUCUCUUUAGCACAGUAUUACAACAGCAAGACGCCUCUAUCUCUCAGAAAGGAGAACCAUAAUCUGUUUGGCAGCAGUCUGGUGGCUCUGAAGGAAGAAGACAUGGACCUAAGUCAGGCUCUCUGUUUGCCUGUAUCGGUCCCUGAAAUCCUGCAAGCCAACCAGCUACAACCUGAGGGCGUGAGGUUUUUUGUAGUUGACUGCCGUCCUGCUGAGCAGUACAAUGCUGGUCACCUCUCCACUGCCUUUCACCUGGACUCUGACCUGAUGCUUCAUAAUCCUUCUGAGUUUGCCCUGUCAGUGAAGUCUCUUCUGGAGGCACAGAAGCAGUCUCUGGAGUCAGGCUCUGUGGCAAGCGGAGAGCAUCUGUGCUUCAUGGGUAGUGGACGUGAAGAAGAGGACAUGUAUAUGAACAUGGUGCUUGCCCACUUUCUACAGAAAAAUAAAGAGUUUGUGAGCAUAGCAAAAGGUGGAUUUAUGGCAUUGCAGCAGCACCUAGCAGAUAUUAAUGUUGAAGGGCCGGAUAAUGUUUAUGUUCACUGGAUUGUGAGCACCUCAGGAUCCCACAGCAGCCUCAGCUCAGCUGACGGGGAACUGAACAGCACAGAUGGCAAAGGAGUUAAAUCACUUGUCAACAAAAUGACCUUUGCACUCAAGUCAAAGUCAGUUAAUGUAAAAGAGAAGGUGAUCAGCUUCAUUGAAAACACUUCCACACCGGUGGACAGAAUAUCUUUCAAUCUACCCUGGCCAGACAAGGGAAUACUGGAUCGGCACGUAAGCAGCAGUGAUCGGGUGGGGAAGCCAUACAGGGGAGUGAAGCCUGUCUUCAGCAUUGGUGAUGAGGAGGAGUAUGAUACAGAAGAGAUUGACAGCUCAUCUAUAUCAGAUGAUGACAGGAAAGAGAUUGUCAAUAUUCAGACUUGGAUCAACAAACCAGAUGUGAAGCACCAUAUUCCAUGUAAUGAAGUUAAGGAGACUGGACACAUGUACCCAAGCCAUCUGCUGAUCACUGCAACACACAUGUACUGUUUGAGAGAGAUCGCUGCCCGAAAAGGUUUUGCUUACAUCCAAUCCAGGCAGCCCCUAAACUCUGUGGUGAAGAUCACCUCAAAGAAGAAGCAUCCAGAACUUAUCACUUUUAAGUUUGGCAACAACAAUGCUGCAGGAGUGGAGAUAUUGGCUGUGGAGAGGUAUUUAAUUCCAAACGCGGGUGACGCCACUAAAGUAAUCAAACAGCAAAUCAUGAACGUUUUGGAUGCUAUGGAGAGCUCUUAAUGACGGAGACAUCAGAGAUGCUGCUCUCUGGUCAUCCAGGAGACAACCACAGCUCCAACCAAAACCGCCUGAAGGGGAAGGAGGGAGUAGAGCAUUCCCACACUGUUUUUUUGUCAUCAUCCCCCCACCUCCUCCCUGGGCAACACUGACGUGGAGUUCUGUCAUGACUUUAAAGGCACAUUGCCAUCAUGAUUGACAGGAGUUCUAAAACUUUGGGCUUGGAGAUGUCAAUAUGAGAAAUGAUUAUUUUGUUCAUUUUGCUUUGUGAUUUUGAUUUCUGUUUCAAGAAACUGACCUAAUUAAGCAAGUUAGAUUUAUUCUCUCCUUUAUUUGUCUCAAGCCUUAAUGAGCUGUAGCUUUUUAUAUGAGUCUCAAACAGGUCCUCUUGAUGAGAAUACGGUUUUGGAACCUCAAUCAAGGAACUUCAUUGCUCUUUAUCUGCUUCAGUGUUUGAAGUCACUAAUUCUUUAGCCAUUUGAAGAUGUAAACAUCAUAUAUUGCUGCAUACUUAUGUAACUGAGAAGGGUUUGAU